AUGGCGGAAGACCGCCCGCAGCUCACUCCGGUCGGGGAGAAGUCCCUGCCGGGAAAAUGUAAACCCAGCACCCUGGCGUACUGUCCAUCGAUGGACCUGAUCGCAUUGGCCACUGAGGAUGAAGAACUACGUGUCUUUCGUCUAAACGGUCAACGGGUUUUCGGGGGCUCGUUCGGGGGCGAUCCAUACCUUGGUGAAGAGGAGGAGGAUGGCGAAGUGAGGGCCCUUGCCUGGAAAGGGAAUGGUCGUCUGCUCGCCGUCGCGUGUGGUGAUGGCUCCGUGCGCAUUAUCAGCGCGUACAGUGGCAAGACCGUCCACCAUUACCAAGCAUACGAAGGGCAGGGUGAUGGCGCGGAUAGCCCAGAUGAGCAGCAAUCGCCUAAAAUCACUUGUUUGGGCUGGGGUAUCAAUUUUACUGAUAGCAAAGCUGCUCAGAAGCACCUUCACGAGUCGGCUGGUCAGGUCUCGAUGGAAGACCUCCUGGCGCCGGGUGUCCACCCAUCCAAAGCCGCAGCGAUUCUCAAAUCAGAUCUCCCGAGAGAACUCGCUUUACUCGACAUCGAAAGCUCCUUACCAAAGCUGGCUACUUUACCUGCCACUGGCGCGGAAGAUGACUUGUUCAGUUCUCGGACGUCAAUUGAUGCCAUCUUCCACUCCUCCGCCAAAGAUACAAGCGACUCCGUGGACGUGCUUUUUGUUGGUUUUGACGAUGGUUCCGUGCACCUGCGGAUCUUCGAUUGUUUUGAGAUCGGCUCAUUCCCGGUUGGCGCGUCAAGAGGGGUGGUCGAGUCCUGUCGUAUCCUCCGUCACACGUCCCAUCCGUUGAGCUCAACGCACGCAUUGCUAGCACUACCUAAGUCGGACCCCAAAAAUGCCCCUAUGGAUCUUUUCACCUUGGACCUUCGAUUUAUCACCAAGUCUGGACAUUACUUGUCUUUACUGGCGUCGAAAACGACCCAACUUCAGAACCUGCUUCGAUAUAUUGGACAAGUCCAACGGCAGAUUGAAAUGGAAUGGAAGAAUGCCCAAGAAUUGCCGGCACGGUUCCUACGGAGUAUUAAUCAAGACCUGCAAGAGCAGUGCCAAUGCGAUUUUGUCACGGCCAUCUACCAUCUGGUUGUUACAGGUCACUGUUUCGAGCCAAUAAGAGAAUUCUUGGUCGACAUUGUUGGAGAACGAGGCCACAAACGAUGGGAUAAGGCUGUCUCAGGUGGCUACGAAAGCAUCCGCCGGCUGACCCAUGAGUGUCUUCUUCCAGCUCUCGAGCGGAGCCAAGUACUUCUUAGCCGAUUAGUUGGGCUGUCCAAAUUCCACAAACUCAGUGAUGUCCUGGGCCUGGAAACAUCCAAGCUGAACGCGAUUGUCGAAACCCUCGACUGCCUGCACCUCCUCGCCCACCGCAUUCUCAAUCACGCCAAUGAGGAACUCGAGCAAUUCAGCGCUUUUUCGCGCUGGCUCCGCCACGAAAUCAUGAUUCUCAACAGUGAACCCCUCUCCCAAACUUUGGAUGAGCUGCUUGAGAAACGCGAUCUCUUUGACGUACCACCCACCGUGAAGUACAUAACCGGCGCCCUGCGACAAAGCGUGCUACGUAAUUUCAUCCGCCAGCUGCCAAUGAUCGGUGUCCCGCAAAUGCCGACUCCUGUCACAGAUAAGUGGCUCCCAGAUGGCCAUGACCGGUCCUUUUAUGAUAUGUUUAAGUCUCUGCUUCGACAACAGAAACAGGUGCAGGCUGAGGGAGGCGACGGAACGACGGUCGAUGCACCGAAGUUGAAUGAUUUGACCAGGAGACUGGGUGUCCAGUUUGAGAAUGUCUUCGCGAAGAUUGCACUGACGCAAAGGAGAGGUAUUUUACACCGUUCGCCGCUUACACUUCAUGAGGAUUGCGAUCAGGGGGUCGUUGAUUUGAAGCUUUGUUAUGAGGACGGCGAAGAGGGAGCACCAUGCUCAAUUUAUGUGGUGACUAGAUCGAUUACAUCAAAGUCAUUAGUUUACAUCUACCGUGUCGUGCUAAAUUCCAUCAAUGGAGUCAGCUCAACACGCACAACGUCUAUCGCCGCCAUCACGUUUGAAAAAGGCGAGGUCCGACAACUACAGCUUGUCGAAGAUGACACCCUCAUGAUCCUUUACUCUGAUGGUGUCUCGUCUUUCCUUCUUAACCUUAAUUUCCAGCCUACAUCAGCUCAACUACCAGCAGAUAAGCCCGAAUCAAGUCCACUUUUGUUAGACUUCAUCGAAUGUGACCGGCACCCCACGACUUCCAAACCCACCGUCCAGCCUACACAAUUGGAUAUUUCCUCGCUGUGUGAGGCAGGCAUAGUAAAACAUGCCUUUGCAGUAUCCGGCCCGAAAUCGCGACCACUGCAUGUCGAUGUGAACGGACGAAAAGGUCGUCGGGCCAUCUGUGUACUGUAUGGAGAUGCGAUGCGCUACGAUGUGUUGGAUCUGGAUGCCGCCAUGGAAGAGGAAUACGAAGAUGAUGAGCUAGAAGAAGAAAUGGGGGAAGAUUAG